CUCAAUAAUCCGGAUUCGGGCCGGGUAGAAAAUCCCCUUUCUAUUUCAAGCGCUCAGCAAUUAUACCAAGCACCAAAACCCUCACUUUCCCCUUUUGAUUCGUUUACGUUUGUGUUGUGUGCCCUAGAAAAAACCAUGGCAGACGUUCAUAUGAGAGACGAGAAGAUGAGAUACGAGGAUGAGAAGCGUGGGGAGUUUGAGAUGAUCCGAAAGAAGUUGGAGGAAUGGAACUUUUCGCCUUAUUACUUUCAAAUUUUCAACAAGGAGGAAUCUCCCAAUUGGCGCCACCCUAUGUUCAUCGAUAGCAUCGCUAACGGAAUGCUAGCCUUUUUCUAUGAAAGAUGCAACUAUUACCAAAGUUUUUUUCAUUAUCUCUGUUUCUAAUGGAAUAAUAUAGGGUUUUGUUGUGCUUAUGUCAAUUUUUGUCAAUUUUUUUAUUUUAUUUAGGCAGGUUCUGCUAAUAUAAUAAACAGUUUUUGCUUAAUUAAGCCCCCAAAUUAGCUGCAGUGAAUCUGCCAGUUUUGUAUUGCCCUCUUGCUUUGACUCGCAAGCAAUUAAUCAUUAGCAUAGUGAUAUAUUAAAUUGCUAAGAAAAACCUUUAUCUAUGAAUAUAAAUAUUAAAUAGUUUAGUAUAAAGAAACUAGUGACUAAUAGCACCCAGGACUUUUGGUUCUGGUGGUAAGAGCACAUCAGGUGAUGUGCAGCAGGUUAGGCGCACGUCAAGGUUGCGAACCCUACUGGUAUAUAAGUGUAGAAGGGAGAGGGGCAUACCCGUUAUUCAUUGAGUUUUGAACCGUGCGCCACUGGCUCUCGGGAAUAUCUUGGUUAUCAAGAAAAGGAAAAAGAACUAGUCACUAUUGUUGAUGUAUGAACUUAUAACAACAUCUUUGCAUUUGAAUCAGUUUUUCAAAAUGGUUUUUGAACUUGAUUGACAUCCACAAUGGUAUUCUUCUUCUCUGAAUGUUCUUCUCUGGUUUUCAAUAUGCAGCUUCAAGUUCUCACUUGAGCCAAUGAUAGUUGGUGAGGUGAAUCUUUGCACCUACUCCGAGUUGCAAAACAUCACUGAUUUCAAGCCUGAGAGCUUGAUUCAGAAGACUCUUUCGGGAAGAUUGUUUCGUGGCACCAUUGGCGAAGGAUCUGAAAAGCGACCGGCGAUUGUAAAGACAUGGGAUUUUUUCCUUCCUUUGGGAGACGAGCAUACUCAACGUCUGCAUAAAUUUUGUGUAUGUUUGCAAGAUUGAUCUGAAUUUGAUUUCUUGUCUAUUAUCUUGGGUUAAAUGAUGUCUAGGGUUCUUUUGUUGGACGAGAUCGAGUUAUUCACAGAUGAAAGAGCAAAUACGCAUCCAAAUUUGUUGAAGUUGUAUAGGUACUGUUAUGAGACGAGGCUUGCAGCUGUCUAUGAUGAAAAAUUCACCAGACUCUUGUCUGAUGUGCUUUUGGCUGAUGACUUUGAGUGGGAUGACCGGAUAAAAGUGGCAACUCAACUUGCAGAUCUCUUGGCAUGGUUGCAUGAAAAGAGGGUUGCAGUUGGCAGUGUUAUUGCUUCAUGCGUUAUGAUAGAUGAGGAAGUAAAUAUAAAAGUAUUUGACUUUGGUCACGUUUCAAAUCAUGUGAGCGAAGAUUGUAAAAUUCCUGUUAAAGCUCGUGUUGGCAGGGAAGCUCCAGAGGUUGUAGCAGGUGAGCGGACGAUGAAAUCUGAUGUUUAUAUAUUUGGUCUUCUACUUCUGGAGCUAAUAAGCAAAAAGAAAUUUAAUUUUCGCGAGAAUCCUGUGAUUGUGGAAAAUUCAGUUGUAAAGGAGGCUACACUUAGUGAAAAAUAUUUGGUUCAUGAAUGCUUCAAAGAAGUUGAUCAUCCAACUGCACUUGAUAUCACACAUCUGGUAUUCCUCUGCAUGAAUCUGGAACCAGAAGAAAGACCAACGAUGAAGGAUGUUUUAGAUGCUUUGAGAGCACUGAGUACGGGAGUGAGGGGAGAGAAACGAAAAAGAGAUGAAAACGAGGCAGAAUAGAAUAAGCUAUCCUCUUGGAUUAGCUGCUUUUCCUUUUUGUAUGAACUGAAUUUCGUAAGGUAGUAGCUAUAGACUCGAUUACUAAUUAGAAAGGCUCGUUGGAAUCGAACCGCUACGGGAUUAACAUUUACUCAACGUGUGUUGCAGCUUCUUUGUAGAAAAGGAAAGUAUUGUGUUGGAGCUUUGUAGAGGAAGAAUGUAUUUGACUGAAUACCUUAUGAAUUGCUGAUAUUCCAAUCCUUUAAGCAAACUAUUGUAGACAUGUAA